GAACCAUCCUAUUCAAAGUUAUCUUAUUGUUUUUCAUCCUUUUCCCUUUAUUGCUUUUAUUUUUGUGAGGUUUUCUUUUUAUUCUCUUAUUGUCGUGUCUUUUCUGUCUCACAUACCCUGUUGUAAUGUCACUUUGUAUCCUCUCUCUCAUUUCAUUCCUUAAACUCAUUCCCAUUUUUGCUUCAUCUCCCAAAGCACUUUGUAAACUGCUGUUACAUAAAGUUAUUAUAUUGUUACUGUCGUUAACAUUCAUGUUCAAUGUAGAAAACAUGAACCUUAUGUCACUAAUUUGACUUUCAAACUGACUCCGGAUCUGGUCAGGUCAGAAACAACACGCAUGAAAACCUGCACUAGGUCACUGCAUGUGUCAUUUCAUAUUUAAUCAUUUGAUAUUUGUCUAUUCUAUCAUUAAAGUUCUAUAGAAUGAGAGUAAAAGUCAAACUGUGUGAAUGAGACUAAAUAAAAAUUUCAGAAUUGUAAAAUUAGCUCAACCACACCUAAAGUCUUCUGCAUCUCAUGCAAAUGCCUUUGAAGUCGCUGCUGUUUGACUGACAAAUGUGUAUUUUCAUGAGAAGGAAAAAGCAGCAGGUCAGGAUUUAACCAAACAUUCAGGACAGGGAUCUGCCGAGGAUCGACCAGCAGGUAAGGUGUCAUUUAAAACCAAAUAUGAGGAAAAGCAGCAAACCUGGAUUUAUUCAGGAAAGAAAAAGAAUUAGAGUAAGGACAGGAUGAGACCUGGACUGGUUUUAAGUCACUAUAUGUUCUUCAGAUUUCAGGGUUAAUCUCCAGACAUGGAUCGACAGCUGCUGCUUCUGCUGCUGAUACUGAGCUCAGAAUCUGCGGUCAAUGCCUCUGAUGAUGACACCAGUCAAAGUUUUCUUCUUGCUUUUCCAGAGAACAUUGCCUUCUAUCAUCCUGUUUCACCAGAUAACAAGGUCGUAAUCACCGCUUUGUAUGAUUACACAAAAAUCAACAUUACAGAGCAUAUCGCACAAACAUCCGCCUUGUCCACAAGAAUCGAAACAUUGCAUAGUGGACAGUCUGAGGAGUACACUUUUAACGAUCUAAUAGAGCUCACAAAAUCACAAGACUCCUUCAGCACUGUGAGGAUACAGAGCACCAAGAACAUCGCUGUACAAGCCAUUCAUUUCAAAGACGACAUAGUGCAGACGGCUCUGGUUAUUUCCACUGACAGACAUGGAACAGAGUUCUACAUCCCUCCAGUGCCCACGAUCGAAAAAACCACUUCCCCUGCACACAUUGUCACCACAAACGUCACCGAAAGGAAUCCGUUCAAGAUUGUCAUCAUCAAUGCAGACCAGGAAAACGUGGUAAACAUUGGAGGAGACGAGAAUGUUUUUGCGCCCUUCCAGGUCUCUCAGAUCUGGGUUGAUCAGAGCAAUUCACCGCAAGUUCUGAAGGCUGAUCAUCCAGUAGUAGUCCUCUUUGGUCACCCAUGUGCUAUGAGCUACAACUGCACCUGUGGAAUGCUGUACACAACACUGCCUCCUGUCAAUAUGAAGAAACUCAAUUAUUACAUCCCUACUCCUUUGACCAUAGAAAGUGAAACAUCUGUGCUUUUGUCAGAUGAAAGCACCAGGAAGGAAUCUUCAUUUGACCCAAACACACCACUGGUCAAAACAUCUGGAACCGUCAUCCUUUAUCGUCCUGGUUUACUCCUCCCCCUCAUCCCCGACACAGAAUUCGCUUCAUGUUUUGUCGUUUCUGCAGUUGCAGGGGCAACAAAUUUUGUUGUGGUAAUGGUUGACAAAGGUCACAUCGAUGGGCUUCGUAUUAAUGAUGAUACCCCAGACAGUCCAGACUGGAAGGAGGUGAAAGACUCCCGCUACGUCUCAGCUAUUUUUGAGCUGAAGGCGGACGAGAGCAUCGUCUGGCAUGCAACUUCCACAAUGGCGGUCUACUUUAUGGGGAGGAUGGGUGAGAACAAAUGGUUUGGGCAUCCGGCACCCAUCAUCAGCAAAUCCACAGAUUACAGGGGUUGUGCGUUGAAACCAGAAGUUGUAGAAAUUGGACCGGUGGCCGAUGGCUGGCGUGAGUCUGUUCAGUACUGCAAAAACAGGAGCCUGGAGCUGGUGAGCUUCGCUGACGCCAAACUGCAGACACAAAUCUACAAAACAGUAAUGAAGAUGAACAGCGCACGUCUGCAGAAGGUGUGGAUUGGAAUGCGUCGCAGCUCUAUGACCGGGGAGUGGUACUGGGUGAACGGGGACCAGGUUAAGGCCACUAACUGGGGCGAAGGGGAGCCCGGUACGAUUCAAGAUGGACAGUGCGCCAUCGUCAGUCUGGAAUCAGGUCAAGACUAUGGCUGGAGCGAUGAAGACUGUUGUAAGGCUAUACAUCCAAUCUGCUACAGGGGCCCCAAACUUUUAACCAUCUAGCCAACACAUGUACACUCCAUUCAAUGAAUACUCAGAUGGCUGGGAAAAGAAAAUUCUCAUGUAUGUGUGUUUCCAUCCACUACUGUUAUGGGAAUAGUAAGCUGGUUCUGUCUCACCGUGGUCUAAACUUUUCUGGUUUGAUUUAAAGUCUUAUAUAUAACAUAUGACCUGAACUGUUGAUGAAGGAGUUGAUAAAAUAACCAGUACUUUCAGAACCAUUAUCUGAUCCAUUUAGCCCUGUAUCUGAGUCUGGUUUUGUCUUUGUCACUGAACUGCAGGUCAAUAUCUGAUGCUUUUUGUUCAUAUGAUGUUGUUUCAAACUUGUCCAUAGUGUCUAACAUUGAUUGCCACGGUGGUGGUUUCGUUUUGGUUUAACUUUGUUGUUGUUUAUGUGGUUGUAUGAGGUUUAUCUGCAGUCAUUUAUAAACAGAACUGGAAUCCAUCACUUAACUGUAGCUAACUAUGCUAACUAGUAAGCGUUUAAUAUGAAACUGUAAAAUAACUGUAGAAAUCAUACUUUUGUCAUAACAGGUUCAGAACGCUAGAUAACCAAUUAGUUUUUCCUGCUUUCAUCAUAUUCCUUGUAAACAAUCAUGCAAUAAUGUUAUGUAAAUAAAUUAAUUCUUGCUACCUGAGGCAGCAUUAACAUACCUGCAUUAUAAAAUAAGUUUUGACUAUAUAAUGUCACACAACAUCUAACUGCAGAUUAAUUUUUGGAGCUGUAUAAUUUCUAGGGUCUGAUGUAAUGAAUUAAAUCUAGGUUAUAGCUUCACUAAUUUUGUUUCUGUCAGUUUUUUGUCAUUUCCAUCACAUUGUGAUUGUGAUUAUGUUAUGAACAGGGAAAAAAGUGACACAUAAUGUAGGAAAUUUUUGAGCAGCUUUAGCAAAACUAAACUACUGCCUGCCUUUAGCCAUGUACUGAUUAAGAACUGUUAUUUGUUUGUAGUUUACAUGUGGGGGUUAAAUGCCUUACUCAAGGACACAUCAGCCAAUGACAUUAGAUUUAGGACUUUCCUGCACCGUCUGGAUCUUUACAAGGUAAUUAGCUUGAUAAGCAGCUAGUUGGCAAUUUGACUAGCUAGCUUGUGAAAUCAAAACCAAAUUAACAUUUAAUAAUAAUACCGCUGACUGUUGUCAUGGCUAUGAUUUGAUGAUGUUUAGAAUCUUUGAACAUUUUUAUUUCACUGUAAGGAAAACAUGGUUCAGCAUGUUUACUGCAACCUUGAAGUUACAGUGAUCAUCUGUUCAAAAAAAUCAAACUGAAAAACCUGAUUUAAUUUGUUUGUCUGAUUUUGAUGUAUUGAGUUGGAUUUUAUGUAAGGACUUGUUUCGGUGAGAUUUCUACAAUAAAUCUAUAAUAUUUGAGAAAGACAA